AAGAGGACCACGCGAGCGUGGGGGGGGGAGGAGGAGAGAGGGGAGGGCCGCCGCGCCUCCCCCUCAGAGGCCCCGCCGGGCAUGGGCUGUGGCGGCCGCCGCCUCCUCCUCCUCCUGCCGCCGGGGCUGCUGCUGCUGCCGGGCGGCCUCCUCCUCGCCUCCCUCCUUCUCCUUCUCCUCCUGCUCCUCCUCCUCCUCCCGCAGCUCCUCCUCCGCCUCCCGCCGCGCAAGAUGGCGGCCGGCGCCGGGCCUCACGGGGGAGGCGGCGGCAACGGCAACGGCGGCCUCCCUCCGCCCUCCUCGUCGGGCCCCCACGGGCCGCCGCCUCCUCCUCCUCCGCCCGCCCCCCGCCCGGCCUCCCCUCCGCCCGCCGCCGCCGCCCCUCUCUCCGGCUGCUUCAACGGCCCCGGCGGCGGCGCCUCGGCCCUGCUCCUGCGGCUGCCCGCCUCGCCGCCGCCGCCGCCUCCUCCUCCGCCUCCGGGGGGCCCGACGCAGAACCAGGGCCUGGGGGGCGGGCCCUGCCCGGCUGCGGCCUCCUCCUCGCCGCCUGCUGCUGCUGCUGCUGCUCUGCUGCCGCCCUCGCCCUCCGCCUCCCCGUCCUGCUGCUGCCCGGCGGGGCCUCUCCUGGCGCCCGGCGGCGUUGGCGGGGCCUCCCUCUCCGCCUCGGCCUCCUGCUCGCUGGGCCCCCGGGAGCCGGCCUACAACUGGCAGGCCACGAAGCCGACGGUGCAGGAGCGCUUCGCCUUCCUCUUCAACAACGAGGUGCUCAGCGACGUCCACUUCUUGGUGGGCAAAGGCCGCGCCGGCGCCUCCCGCAUCCCCGCCCACAGGUUUGUGCUGGCCGUGGGCAGCGCAGUCUUUGACGCAAUGUUCAACGGGGGCAUGGCCACAACGUCCACAGAGAUAGAACUACCUGACGUCGAGCCGGCUGCCUUCCUCGCCUUGCUGAAGUUUCUGUAUUCAGAUGAGGUUCAGAUCGGGCCGGAGACGGUGAUGACGACUCUCUACACUGCGAAAAAGUAUGCGGUCCCUGCCUUGGAGGCUCACUGUGUGGAAUUCCUGAAGAAGAACCUCAGAGCAGACAAUGCCUUCAUGCUCUUAACGCAGGCCCGGCUUUUUGACGAGCCCCAGCUGGCCAGCCUCUGCCUGGAGAACAUCGACAAGAACACGUCCGACGCCAUCAACGCAGAAGGGUUCACAGAUAUCGACCUGGACACGCUGGUUGCCGUCCUGGAGCGGGACACGCUGGGCAUCCGCGAAGUGCGCCUCUUCAACGCGGUGGUGCGGUGGUCGGAGGCCGAGUGCCAGCGGCAGCAGCUGCAGGUGGUUCCGGAGAACAAGCGGGAGGCGCUGGGCAAGGCCCUCUCGCUCAUCCGCUUCCCCUUGAUGACCAUCGAGGAGUUUGCUGCUGGGCCGGCCCAGUCAGGCAUCCUCACCGACCGCGAGGUGGUCAGCCUGUUCCUCCACUUCACGGUCAACCCCAAGCCCCGGGUGGAGUUCAUCGACCGGCCCCGCUGCUGCCUGCGUGGGAAGGAGUGCAGCAUCAACCGCUUCCAGCAGGUGGAGAGCCGCUGGGGAUACAGCGGGACCAGCGACCGGAUAAGGUUCUCUGUCAACAAAAGGAUAUUUAUAGUUGGCUUUGGCUUGUACGGCUCGAUUCAUGGCCCGACGGAUUAUCAAGUAAACAUACAGAUUAUUCACACAGACAGUAAUACCGUCCUGGGCCAGAACGACACGGGGUUCAGCUGCGAUGGAUCCUCCAACACGUUCCGAGUCAUGUUUAAGGAGCCAGUUGAGAUCCUGCCCACUGUCAGCUAUACGGCCUGUGCCACGUUGAAGGGCCCGGAUUCCCACUACGGAACCAAAGGGCUGCGUAAAGUGAUCCACGAGUCGCCGACGACGGGCGCCAAGACCUGCUUCACCUUCUGCUACGCCGCCGGCAACAACAACGGCACCUCCGUGGAGGAUGGGCAGAUCCCAGAGGUCAUCUUCUACACGUAGGGCCGCUGCCUCCUCUCAGAGCUGCCGCCGGCCGGGUGUGCCGCUUCCCCCCGCGCCUCGCCUCGCAUGCCCUCCCAAGCUUCAGACGGACGCCUUGCCAUGCCAGACGGGGGAGGCCUGCUCGCCAGCGGACCGAGCCGGACAGGCACUGCAGGAGGCGCACGGAGGGGCUGCCCCCUGGGUCCAGCCUUGACUGGGGUGAGCAGUGCCUUCCGUUUUUGUCCGGGCAGUCCGACGUGACGUUCGUUUCAUUGCAAUGAAUGUAGCUGCUUUGACAUCUGGCUGGCGGUGGCGAAAUUCUUUUUGCGAGAGGACAAUCCCCACCAAGGAGAUCCCUCCCCACGACUCUGCACGCCAACCCUCCCAGGUUGGUCGGAGGGCUGAGGUGUCAGGCACCUGCUGCUGCCUCCCACGAGGCCAGGAGAGGGUCUGGCGGGGACAGGCGGCCUCCUCUCGGAGGUGCUUUGGGCUCUACCUGACGCUGAGGGCAGACUCUUUUGAGGGACCUAAGCAGCAUUUCGAGACAAUCCUGGAUUCUGAAUGGAUGGUGCAAGAUCACCUUCUGGCUUUGGUCGGACUGUGGGCAGAGUUAAGGGGAGGCCGGGAGAUCUGCCUUUGGGAGCCAGCGGCCCAGCCCUCCAGAUCUGCUUUUGCUGCCUGGCUGGUUCCUGGAAUCCUCCGAAGAGGUGACGGCUUCCCCGCAAGCCGUCUUUGGUAGGAGGAGAGCCACACCCUCCUUGACCUUGAAACGGUGUGCGAGAGAGAAGCGUCCGAAGUCCCCGGACUCCACUCCUCGGUGUGUUUUCUGCUGCUGCUAAACUACUGCAACUUAACAAUGCAUUCGACCCUCCGACUGCGUCUCCUCUCUCGCUCUCCAUGCAUCCUUUUAAGAAGCUGGCGCUGAGCCCCCAUUUGCAAAUGGGGAGGGGAAGGUGGGUGGCUUCCAGGCUCUACCUUACACUGAAGGUUAAGGUGCCGGUUUGGAAAUGUUGUCUCCGCUGAGCUGCUCAAGCUCGAGAGAACGUCUCCUUCAGUCUGGGCGGGAGUGGUGCGUUUUCUCCGCAGCUUUUUCACUGCCGCUAGCUGUGCAGCGGCCUUUGCAGCCUCAGCUACCCAAUGCCCGUCUCCAAGGGACCUGAUUCCUGACCGUCCUUUGCCAAGCAGCGUUGCUUCCGUUCAGAAGCACCAUUCCGCCUCCCUCCCCCGUUCCUCGUCCCUUUGCAGCACGGGCUGCUGAACCUGCUGUCCGUUGCCAGCAGUAUUUUCCUGUUCCCGGAUAGAAGUUGAGGGUGUUUUCCCAAAGCCAUUUAUGGGGCAGUUUGCUCUUAAAAAAUAAAAAUAAAAAUUAAAAGAAAGAAAACAGAAUGGUGGGGCUGGACUCACUUGGGAAGCAGGAAUAACUGUGAUUUGCCCAUUUGCCCAGCUGCUUUCUCUCAGCAAAAACCCCUCCCCGUAGAUGUCUGUGCAGUUGGCCUUGUGAAUGGAUUCUUACCUGCCUUAGCAAAGAGCCUCUCUUCACAAUCGGAGUGGAGUGUAUGCAGAAGAGCAAAGAACGGUUCCCACUUUGGAUACCGGGGGAAGCUGCAGGUUUGCAGGGAAACAACUCCACACACUUGGAGCUCUUGACCAAGGUUUGUCCUUGCACGAGAAGAUGGAUCUUCCCCCCCCCCCCGCCUGUUUCUGUCUCUGCCAUUCUGUGGCUAGCCCUACGCUCCAAAUUGCUUUUCAACUGUUUUUUUUUUUAACAGCCAGGAAGCUCCCUAAAGGGGAGAGCAGUUUUCCAAAUGAUACCUCCCAAACUUCUGGAGAGAGGAGGUGCUGUAUUCUCAGAGUGGUCCAAGCGUCUCUUGCAAAGGGGUCCCCUUGCGGAAGCCUUUGCUUCAGCCCAGUGGUAACUGCUGGUUCCCCAAAGGUCCUUGGGCCAAAUGCCUGUGCUUCAACGCACCCCCCACCCCCGGGCAGCAGUCCUGCCCGCUUCGCCGUGUGCCAAUAUGGCCAGUAUCAACAGUGGGUCCACUUUUGUGCUCCCUGAGUUCCUUUCCCCCCUUGGCCACCUCGCUCCAAGGGGGAGCAGCUCCGGUGCCCUUUUGGUGGGACGGAUGUCGCUUGCUUGUGUGCUUCCCCCACAAGGAGGGAUCCUCAACCUCCUCUCACACCCUCUCCCUUCCUGAAGAUGUGCAUUUCCUCAGCUGUGUACAUAGCCCACCCCUGUAGAGAGAGACUCGCUGAAUGGGUUCCAGACCGGUCUUGCAACCAUUGGGAAGCCUCACGCUUGAAGAAUAUGACCCCCGAUGUGACUUCUGCAAGUUGGUUAUGGAGCACCCACCCACCCUCUCCGUCUCGAUUAGUGGACUGCUGUUGGCAUGUCUGAACACCAGACAGGAAGGGUCCUGCACCGUUCAUCAUCUUGUGCCCUCUCCCCUGACCGGCUGCUUGUUCCUUGCUGUUGACCAUACCCAGGCCCACCACAGAGGGUCUCUCCCCUCCCCUAGCCAGUUUCCAGAAGUCAGGGGCCAUCCUGGGUGGUGUGCUCCAUAUAAUGAAUGUAUCCAAUGCUGUUACACACUUUCUCCCCGCUUUUCGACUUGUAAAUAGGGAAUCAAUAAAGGCAACCAGAUUGUCUUUAAA